UCCGCAAACGGCUCUGGGGGCUCUGGGUAGUCAUCAUUAUUGGCAUUAUUGGUGAUGGGAAGUCCUAUGCCAAUGUCGGGGAUGACGUGCGUAUUGCCAUGUGAAGUGGAUAGUUCAGUGUCGUACGAAACACAAACACACAAAUAAAACUUCUGUGGCACACUUUUCCCUCAUACUUAUAUUCUGCGAUUCAACAUUCUUUCAGUUGCGAAUAAUUUAUUGUCUAAUGUUCUUUCUAAUCCUGAUAACAGAUUUACAUCACACCCAGGGUCGGUGUCUGAGACUCCUAAAAGCUGUUAACGUUGAAGAUAUCUGCAUAUAACGCGAUCUCUAGCUAAUCAGAUGAAAUACGGGAGCUCCACCUGGAGGAGAGAGAUUGGGAUUGAGGAGUUCACCGUUGUGAGGUUGUGAGUUGGGAUCAGUGGCUGCGUGCAAGCACUGCCGUUUGAAGAAAGUCCUGCAUUUAUUUUGACCCGGAUAUAUGUGGAACUCGUUCGGAUGGGACAUUCAAGCUUUCCUUCGUUGUCCAGCAUUGUUAUAGCAAGAUGCACGUUUAGUGUCUACGUCUAAUCGGGCGUCCACCAUGGAGGACUACAAAUUCCUCUUUAAAGUUGUACUUAUAGGAAAUGCAGGCGUUGGAAAAACUUGUCUCGUAAGAAGGUUUACCCAGGGUUUGUUCCCUCCGGGCCAGGGAGCCACAAUUGGGGUCGACUUCCUCAUCAAAACCGUCGAGGUGGAUGGCGAGAAGGUGAAAUUGCAGAUAUGGGACACGGCUGGUCAAGAGCGUUUCCGUUCCAUCACCCAAAGUUACUACCGGAGCGCCCAUGCGCUCAUUCUCGUCUACGACAUCAGCUGUCAGCCGACGUUUGACUGCUUGCCCGACUGGCUACGGGAAAUCGAGCAGUACGCAAGUCCGAAGGUGCUGCGUGCUGUCGUCGGUAACAAAAUUGACCGAGAAGACCGUGAGAUCCCGCAACACAUCGGCGAGGACUUUGCUCGGCGGAACGACAUGUACUUCAUCGAAACUUCCGCCAAGGAGGCAGACAACGUCGACAAGCUCUUCACGGAGAUCGCAAUCCGACUGACUGCCGAGGCGAGGGCGACUCACGCGCGCUACUCCGGUCGCUCAACCUCUUCCUCCGACUCUGUGUCCGACCUGAAAGAUGCACCGGGCGACAGAGGCGACCACUUGUGCUGCAGGGUAUUAUGAAUGUUUCCAGCGGACUGUCGUCUGCCUGCUCUAAGAUAGCCGAGCAAUUUGAGCUGCGUCGCAGAGACGUGCUUCGUAGAGGGCGGCUUGUCGGAGCGCGUUUUCGUCGCGGUAAACCCCGGGCACGGACAUACGACGGAAGCGGUUCGAACGGCUCGGGGAAAUUAUUUAGUCCGACGCGGAAAACUCCAUUCCGUCGGAUGUACUCGGAGAAAACACAGUGGGCGGAUAGAGGAAGGUAGUUGAAGAAGCUGUUUCUUUCGUCUGCUCGUGCGUGCGGCUUUCCGUUGUUUUUGUCGUCUGUUCCCACUGACUGUCCAGUCACUUGGCAUGUUGAUGCAUAUGUGCUAAAAGCUGUAAGCAAAUGUGCGCAUCAGUGUAACAUACACAUACGAGGAGGUUUAGCAUCAAAUGCGACUGUUUGCAACGUUCUGACAAGGUGCAUAUCUGUAGUGACCAGGUUUUAGACCAUUUCUUUUUAUAAUGACUACUAUUACCGCUAUUCAUUACAUCCCUCAUGGCUUGAAAGCUGAUAUUUUUGAAGACAUCGGUGCAUUUUACUCUGCACUUAACUAUAUUAGUGUAUUUUACGUUUUAGUGCACACAUGCGCCCUCGGGUGGUCGUUAGACGUCAACUGGGAGACACGACAGUCCUUGCACAUUGUCCACACCUCCUUUUCUAAUGCAACAAUCAUCGUCCAAGAAAGGGCCAUACUUUUAUUGAACUCUCAUCCGCCAAAGGCAUGGUAAUACAUUUUAACAGUUCGUACGACUUGGUUAGUUCAUACCUUUCUUUUUUUUUCAUUCUUCCCCUUACUAACGCUUUGAGCAGAAAUGCAUCAGCACACCAAGGUUGGCGACAAUGAGUGCCCAGUAUUAUCUGACUUGUUUCUGAAGUGCCCACAGGUACCCAUGGGUACCCAUGGGUGCCCAGUUCUAGUAUGUAUAGCAGUUGUCCGUCUGGUAUGCCCAUAGUUGUAUGGCACCUGCCACACAAUACACACAGCAGUGCUGUCGGGCGAAAGAGCAUUUUGUAGCUAGGUUUUCAGCAGAGGGUGUUGUUCUGAGUGAGCAUCUUUCAAGGAGUAGUUAUACCCUAAGCCGUUAGCCCGGUUAAUUGAAGGUGCUCCGGGCAGUGCUUGGAAAGCUUCUCGGAAGAUUGACCACAAUUAUCGUAGCACUAUUUCGUAGGUAUCGUAAUGACGUCAAUCUUUCAUUAAAGAGGGUGCAAGAAACUUGAAGAGCUGCACUUUCUCUGCAACCGGCAGCCCUGGAACGCACUUCGUGUCGUGUCUUGUCACAGCUCUCAUACAGAUCAGGUUUCGUAUAGAUCAGGCGAUUCCGAAACUUUGCUGAAAUUAUAAUCAUGAGCGCUGUAGAAAAACAGUGCAAGCUCUUAUUGAGAAUAACGAAGUAGUCUUUGAGAUCUCUAUGUUGAGAGUGGAAGCACCUCACUCUAAAAGAAAAAUGGGUGAACGGAGAGCCGUACCAGCUGUUUGCAGUCAGGUCAGCGCAACAUGACAUUAUCGAAGUACGUAUCUGACUAAAUUGAUUUGCAAGAACCAUAGGAAGUAAGGAAUUUUAAAAGAUAGUUUCUCUUUAAUUAGACUCUUGUACGUUGAGGGAACAGUUAAUCUGCAAAGCUUUGUAGCUGUUGAACUGAUUUUUAGAUUUGUGUUUGUUUGUUUAUACUAUCAAAUCUUGAUAACGAUAACGAUUAGUGUAGAGUACCAUGCACAGGGGCAUGUAGACGUGUGCUUUAUGUUUCUGCUUCCUUCUAUCUCAUGAGCACAAAUGGGACAUGAUUUCACGUACCAGCAUUGUUCCAUCAAUUCUUGUACGGUUAAUCGCAUGUUGCAAGUUUUUACUGGGAUGAGCUAUGGCAUUAAUGGGUGCAAUCAUCAAAUGCACAACAUGUACAAAACUGUACUUAAAUCGUGUGAUUCCCAUGGUUGCUAACUGCUUCCUGCGUUGAAAGUACUUGCCUGCAAAGGUCCUCAGAAGGGCAUGCAGCGGUCAAAGGGAGGGUCGUUCAACUGCCAAACCACAGCGAAUCCUCAUUAGAGAUUUCAUCCAAUGAGACUAAUUGCCAAAGGAUUGACCAAGACAUCCAAAUGCAUUAUCUGGUAGUGUAAUGUCUUGGUGAUAAGUAGACUACUGAGGUGAUAAGACAUCGUAUGAUAGAUGACAUUAGAAAUAUUACUAGGAUUUUGAACACCCAGUUGACCUAUCACACUUGACCCACCACGAAGUCUUAUCCAACCAGCGCUGGUAUACUUCAAAACCUGUAUUGUGAGAAAGAAGCAUCACCAUCACGCUCUUGAGGGGCAUCAUCUUCGAAAUGACCUUGGCAUCAUAAGUCACCCAUUAAAUAUAUAUACCACCUCUAACACAGCCUCUUAACAAUAUCAGUUUUAUGAUGCUUUAUGGUUUGCAGCAUGGCAUAAAUUUCAAUUCCAUAAAACAACCGCCACAAACCAGAGUUUAGUUAAUAAAAAAAUGUGUUUGAUCAAAUACGGCAUUCGUCAGUAAAAAGCAAAUUUAGGGAAGAAGUUUUGCCAUGUCAUGCAAUUGUGAUAUAAAAAAAAAAUAUUUUUUAUCAGUUCCUUAUCAAAACCACCUAGCAUUGUGCAUGACAUGACAUUAUCGAGCUUGCUGCAAAGUGUAAGUGCAGCUAGAAAUUUACUACACAACGGUUUGUGCGACAUAGACUGCUUUACUGUGCAACACUCCUUUUUGUAUCUUACCGCACUUGCUAGUUAUGUUUUUGUAAUUGUCCAUUGUGUCUGUUAGGUUGAAAGAACUAUAACACGUAAAAGUGUGCUACUCUCUUAUCAAAUGCUGGACUAUGUUGAACUAGCUCUUGGACUAUGACAUGCACCACUGAUAAGAAGAACUGGUGCAGUAUAAGUUUUUAUAAGAAUUGUGCAGCUACUGUGCUCGAAAAAUGCAUACAACGUGACACUUAUUAUGUGUACUGUACCAGUAAGAGUCAGGUCUGUCCACUACCCUCCAUUUAAACGAACUUAAUUUUUGUAAUCUAAUCAUCGCAUACUUUUUAGUGACAUAAGAUACAACUUGCGUUACAUUUUAGCUGCAAUAAUGUUUGGUAUUUCUGUCACUGAACAAAAAUGAGUUGUGUUCCUGCGGCAAACCGGCUUAGCCAUUAGCCAUAGGCGAUGUAAAGGAGAGGUUCCUCCACAUCUUCCGAACGUAAAUGUUCAGACGUCCAUUUUAAAGUUAGCGUGAUGCUGCGUUUGCUCGAGGUGUGCUCAGUUAUUCGCAUUCCUUAUAUUCCUUCCAGUGUUUGAGACAGCUGUGAUAUUUUGUUGUAACGUAUUUUUUUCUUUCCUGUUUCUGUGUUUUACAUAUGAUACAUUUUAUUACUAAGAAAUUGCUGAAGACCGCCCGAUUUCAUACAUUUUUUGCUUCCGUGAUGCACAUUGUAAUUAAACUAGGCACCCCUGGUGUUUGAGGAACAGGGCUGCCGGCUUAGCUAUGUGUCAACUGCGAGUGGCUGUCUGCGUCCACUUUUUGUGACCGGAAUGGUGUGUUGCUCUCUCUUUUUACCGUUCUCGAGAGUUAUUGUCACGGAGCAAAAGCAGGUACGAGGGCCGUAACAAGUAUCGAGGCCAGAUUUAUAUUAAAAACAGCAAAAUCCUUACUGAUUUGAAACUUUAGUCACCAUCGAAAUAGUUCAUGCUCCAAAGUCACACACCUACAGUACAGAGCUGUUUCCACUGAGCAAUAUUUCUUUUUAGUCUUCUUUGGAAAUAGGAAAAAGCCGCCUUGUCACCGGGGGUUUCAACCUCCCGAACAUCGUGAAAUCUUCUUUCUUCCAACGGCGUUGUGACUUUGGGAAAGGGGAAAAGUCACAGCGGGAAAGUUUUACCCUGAGAUUAAAAAAUUAUGAAAGAAAACCAAUAAAACGCCGUUCGAAAUAUUUUAUAAGGAAUAUUCGACGGAAACAGCACUAGGCUAAGUGUAUGACUUCGGUACUUUCAAAUGAGUAAGCAUUUUGUUUAAUUUCCUUUAAAUAUAAAGUCAGUCUCUAUACCAUUAUACAUAACCAUGUUUCCAUUUUCACGACUACUUUCGGUUAAAGGGCAUCCUGUUUCUUAUGUGGGAGAGAAGACUCGUAAACUGAGAAGGUCUUUGCUUUAAGCUCUUUUUUUUUUUAUGUAGGAAGUUCCUGAAGAUACAGUCAUUCCAGUCUUGUUCUCGUGUUAGUGGAGCACACAAUUCCAAAGUCAGUGUUUUCUACUAUAAAAUGUACAGUGUUGUUUUCGUUUGUGAUGUUAUUUAUUAGGACAGAUAUAUUUACAGGUUUCAUAAAGGUUACACGAUAAUAUGCAGCUAUGUAUUUAGUUACUGCAUGUUGUAGGAGGACCCCCGUGAUUACCCUUAGCAGCAGAGUCUAUAUUUUAUGUGCCCACAGACCUGAUCAUCGUAUAUACUAGGUCUGCUCUUAGAAAGUCAUCAGUAUGCCGGCAGAUUCAAGUCUGUAAUCACUUUGAAAUACCAAGGAAAUAGUCUCAUCAGUUUCCGCAAUGCUGCUAGAAAAUCCAGUCCACAUCAGAGCUGUUCUGAGUGGUGGGCAAGAGGGGCGGCCGCCCCAGAGAGGGGACGACAGCUCUCGGGGGGGUGGGGGCUCACGAGGGUGGCAAUAAAGCGAGGGCCACAGUACGUUUCUCUGUAGCAUUUGUAAUUUACAGUCCUUUUUUCUUUUUUUUUUUUUUCUGUUUUGUACUUUCCACUUUUUAGAGAAAGUACCUGUGACAUAGCUAAAUAUGAAAAGCACGUGUCUAAAUUCCAGGGCCGGCAUCUACUUUCCGCCUCAGGGGCAAUUUGCAACCCCCUCCGUAUACUUUUUCUUAAAACAUACUGCUUCCUGCUGGAAAGGUGUCUUUUUGACGCCCCUUCAGGCUGGCUCGGGGGGGGGGGCAAUUGCCUCCCCUGCUCCUCUGUAGAUGCCGGCACGGGUAAAUUCUAUGCCUAAUUUUUUUUUGUUCACGGCUGUUAUUGUGCAGUCCUCUGGACGUUUAUAUUCUGCCCCAGGUGAUGGCUCUCGUCCGCGCUGCUUUCUGCUGCAUUUUCCCCAACCUGCAGACGUUGCUUAGUAAUGGUCGUUGGGCAUUUAUCACCAUGGUAUCCCCCCCUUCUUUUCUUCAGCUACACUUAUUUGAUGCUCACAUUUUUAAAAUGUUGUUCACCUUUACCAUUUAUUAAGGGUAAUGCAUUCAGCAGUAUUUGCGAAUAAAGAAAUUUAUGGUGUGUAGAAGGUAGAGCAGCUUUUUGCCUGAAUGAAACUGUCCAAUAUGUACUUGAAAAUAAAUAUUUUGAAACCGUGA